AUUUUCCCCAACAGUUCGUACACACCAUAAUUUCCCGCCUCUCUUGCUCUCAUUUCCCGCUCUAAAAAAAACCCUAAUCCCCAAAAACCCAAAUGGGUCAGAAGCAACAAUCCACUGCCGAUCCCACCGCCGAGCCCAAGAAACGAAGGCGGGUCGGGUUCUUCAACUUGGAUUCUGGAAUUGAGGCCAAAGAUUGCAUUAAGGUUUACCUGGUUUCUAGCAAAGAGGAAGUGGGUUCUCCAGAUAGUUUUUGCAUCGACCCAGUUGACUUAAAUAGCUUUUUUGAUGAGGAUGGGAAGAUAUAUGGUUACCAAGGCUUGAAGAUUACCAUAUGGGUUAGCAGCAUAUCAUUUCAUGCAUAUGCUGAUAUUACAUUUGAGAGCACAUCAGAUGGAGGAAAAGGUAUCACAGAUCUGAAAGCUGCUCUUCAGAGAAUUUUUGCUGAGACUCUUGUUGAGAGUAAAGUUGACUUUCUUCAGGCCUUUUCAACAGGGAGUAAUCUCAUCGGAUCCAUGAUCUCAAGCGGGGAGAUAUUGAAGCUCAAAGCCUCAAAUGGACGUGUCACUGAUUGUAAUAGUGAUAAAGCAGCUAUUUCUGAUGUUGAGGUUGUUCGCAUGGUGGUGGGCAAGACAGCUGCUGGGCACCUUUACAGUCGCUUGAUACCUCUUGUUCUUCUUCUUGUUGAUGGUAGCAGCCCUAUUGAUGUUAGUGAUCCAAGUUGGGAGUUGUAUGUCCUGACUCAGAAGAAACCUGAUCAGCAGGGCGAGAUUCAAUGUAGAGUGCUUGGUUUUUCAGCUAUUUAUCGUUUUUACCAUUAUCCAGACAGUUCUCGCUUGCGACUUGGUCAGAUAUUGGUAUUGCCUCCUUACCAACACAAAGGUUAUGGCCGUUACCUUAUGGAGGUGCUUAAUGAUGUUGCAGUGUCUGAAGAUGUUUACGACUUGACAGUUGAAGAGCCAUUGGACUAUUUCCAGCAUGUGCGCACCUGUGUUGACUUAUCACACUUGCUUGUUUUUGAUCCAAUCCAGCAUGCAGUUAGUACAGCUGUUUCACGUUUGAAGCAAGGAAAGCUGUCAAAGAAAAUCCACAUUCCCCGGUUCAUGCCCCCUUCAAGUGUAAUUGAUGAUGUCAGGAGAAGUUUGAAAAUCAACAAGAAACAGUUUCUCAAUUGUUGGGAGGUUUUAAUCUAUCUUGGUCUUGAUCCUGUUGACAAGUACAUGGAGGAUUUUGUGAGCAUCAUUUCCAGCCGUGUGAAGGGUGAUAUUAUUGGGAAAGACUCUGGGACUAACGGAAAGCGAGUAAUUGAAGUUCCAAGUGAUUACGAUAAGGAGAUGGCAUUUGUCAUGUAUAGGUCACAGGUUGGUGAAGCUAGUGAUGUUCAGAUGGAUGAAAAUCAAACAAAUCAAGAAGAGCAGCUCCGGCAAUUAGUCGAUGAGAGGGUGAAAGAAAUCAAGUCAAUUGCGCAGAAAGUAACUGGGCAUCGUGUAUGAAUUGUGGCUGAGUCAUUGUAGUGGACUCUGGUCUCUAGGAAGUACCUGCAUAUUAUUAAAUGAUGCAAUCAUAGGAGGUCUUGGUGAUGCUGUAUUUUGGGAGGGAUGGAGGCUUGGCUGUAAAUGACUGAGCUGUACCUGGGAAAUUUUUAGCUUUUGUUAUUUAGAAAAUUUACAGAACGCCUUUUCAAUGAAUUUGAGCAUUUAAGCAUCUA